AUGGCUGUCGCCGAUUAUAAGAGGUAUCUGGCGGAGAAUGUUCUCAAUGAGCGCCGGACGGUCACGUUCCGCUCGUUGAGUCGGGCUUUGAGGGUGCAUAGUACUCUGGCGAAACAGAUGCUAUACGACUUCCACCGCAAUGAGAACAGUAAGAGACCGCAGAGCGUGAAUGCGACUUACAUUGUUACGGGCGUUCAGAAAGCGCCUGCACCAGCUACGAAUGGCCAUACCAAUGGUGAAGAGAACGGAAACGAUGUAUUCCCGAGCAGUCCAUACCUGAGCAGCUCCAUGCCCAAUCAAGAUUCGGUUCCGGAUACUGUUCCUACGGCUUCUGUUUUACUGGUACGGGAGGAGGACUUGGAAGAUGCGAAAUCCACAUUUGAGUCGAUAUCGUCUAUAUAUAUCUACAGCCUGCAGCAGACGGUGUUGCAGGAUCUUAAUGUCUUGACGGAUGUCAGUCGCGAGAUGGUGAGCAACCAUUCUCAAGAAGAUCCUUUGGAGUACGGCGGGCAGUGGGGCAUGAUCCAAAAUAAGAACGUCAAGCGGAGAACGGGCGCACGGCCGGCCCCAGCGCCAGCUGCUACUACAUCUAAGCCCACUAUACCCUCGAAACGGCCAAGUGAAGCAACAUCGUCUCAGACAAAACCAGAGCCAAAGAAGGAGGAAAGUGCAGUAUCCGAACAAGUACCCACACAGGAGAGUACACCCUCAACAACAUCCAAACCUACUCAAAAGGCCGCUCCGGUGAAGCGAGAAAAGAGCAACCUCUUUAGCUCCUUUGCGAAGGCAAAGCCGAAGCUGAAGAAGGAAGAAUCGGCAACCCCAGCGGAAUCGGCCGAACCUAGUGGCGCGGAGGAUGUUUUCGGUGAUGACGAUGAUGCCGACGAAGAACCGGAAGAGCUCUUCCCCGACAGCGGAAAGUCUGCAACCUCAGCCGCUGCAACUCGCGAAAGUCGGAAAGAGCGCGAAGAGAAGCUGAAACAAAUGAUGGAGGAUGACGACGAAGACGAAGACGAAGAAAUGCCCGACGCCACAGAGCCACCGGAAGAAUCCAAACCCAUUGAUCAGCCACCUCCGAAGAAACCAGAGCUCAAGGAAGAAAUAACAGUCCAGGGAGGCCGUCGUCGUGGCAGGCGUCAAGUGAUGAAGAAGCAGGUCCGCAAGGAUGAUGAAGGCUACUUAGUGACUGUUGAGGAGCCAUCGUGGGAGUCCUUCUCCGAGGACGAGCCUGCGCCGCCACCUAAAAAGAAGCCAGCUGUGAGUGCACCCAAAGGCAAGUCUGCAGGUAAAGGACAAGGCAAUAUCAUGUCAUUUUUCGGCAAGAAGUAA